AUGACACCUUCCGUAGAUGAAAAAGAGACUUUGGAGAUAGGCUUGAUAGGUUUGGGGGAGAUGGGGUUGGCGUAUGCCAAAAGAAUUUCAAAAGCUGGAUGGAAAAGGGUGAACGUUUGUGACUUACCCUCACGCCAUGAACAAUUAAAAGAGCAAUUAAAAGAUACUGGUUUAAAUGUUCUUCGUGAUGGACAUGCUGUAUCAAGGCGAAGUGAUUUUAUUAUUUAUUCAGUUGAAGCCGAAAAUAUUGAUAGAGUGGUUGAACAAUAUGGACCUUCCACUAAACUUGGAGCAAUUGUAGCUGGUCAGACAUCAGUGAAAGAACCCGAAAUAAAGGCUUUCGAGAAACAUCUUCCCCAAGAUGUUCAUAUAGUAUCAUGUCACUCUUUGCAUGGACCUACCGUGGAUCCCCGAGGACAACCAUUAGUCAUGAUUAAACAUCGAGCUUCUCAAGAGAAAUUUGGAAUCGCUAUGCGUGUUUUAUCUUGUUUAGAAUCUCAAGUUGUGCAAUUAUCAUAUAAAGAACAUGACCGCAUCACUGCUGAUACUCAAGCUGUUACUCAUGUAGCAUUCUUAAGCAUGGGAACCGCAUGGAAAACUCAGAAACGAUUUCCUUGGGAAACCCCACAAUACGUUGGUGGAAUAGAAAAUGUCAAAGUUUAUAUGGCAUUACGAAUUUAUUCGAACAAAUGGCACGUUUAUGCUGGAUUGGCAAUUAUGAAUCCAAGUGCCAAAUCACAAGUUAAGCAAUAUUCACAAUCAGUUUCUGAUUUAUUUAAGUUAAUGAUUCAAGAAAAGAAAGAAGAAUUUACUAAUCGAGUGAGAACGGUGGAUUGUUGGUAUAAUUCUGGGAUUAAUCCAUAUGAACAUAUGGUGUGUCAAACACCUCUAUUCAGACUUUGGACAGGAAUCACGGAAUACCUAUUUCGUAACACUGAUAUGUUAAAUGAAGCCAUUCAUGCAGCAUUAUAUGAUAAAGAUAUUCGAGCUGAUGACAUGGAAUUCUAUAGUGCAUCUAAAGGAUGGGCAGAAUGUAUUGAGAUAGGUAAUAUGGUGGCUUAUCAAAAAAGAUUUGAAGAUACAACAAAAUUCUUCGAAUCCAGGUUUGAAGAAAGUAAUAAGAUUGGAAGUGAUAUGAUAAAAACUCUUCUUGAUGGCAAAGAAUUACUGGCCUUAUGUUUUGGUAGAGUCACGUUGGCAUUACGGCCUGGCCGAGCCUCUCAAGGCUUGGCUCGAGCCCCAAAAUCCGGGCCCGAUAAUUUACAUUUAAAAAUUGAUGAUAUGGGAAAUUUUCAACUGCAGGAAUGA